AUGUCAGCCAUCCCCGCUUCUGGUGCCAAGAGGGUGAAGAAACAAGUGUACUUUGCUCGUUUGAAGGAGCUUGUUCACUCAACGACUCGUCUCUUCAUCGUGCACGCCGAUAAUGUGCGCUCUAAGCAGUUCGCGCAAAUUCGGUACGCGUUGCGCGGCAAAGCGACGAUCUUGAUGGGAAAGAAUACGAUGAUCAAGACCUGCAUCCGCUCUAUUUUGAGCGAGGUACCCGUGUACGAGAAGUUCUUGCCGCUUGUUGCGGGUAACAUUGGCAUCGUCUUUUGCCACGAGGAUCCUAAGGAGAUUAAGAAGAUAAUCGCCCAGUACAAGGUCCCAGCGCCCGCGCGCCAGGGCGCGAUUGCGCCUUGCGACGUUUUCGUUCCGCCUGGCGGCACUGGCAUGGACCCAGGCCAGACUUCUUUCUUCCAGUCGUUGGGUAUCGCCACUAAGAUCGUUAAGGGUCAAGUCGAGAUUUCGAACGAAGUGCACAUCAUCACGAAAGGCUCCAAGGUGACUGCUUCGCAGGCGACGCUGUUGAGCAAGCUCAACAUUCAGCCGUUCACCUAUGGACUCGAGUGCUUGACCGUCUUCGACGAUGGCGAGACUUACCCCGCCGACGCGUUGGACAUCUCUGAAGAGGACAUCCGCUCCUACCUGCUCAACGCUAUCUCGCAGACCGCUUCGCUUGCGCUUGGCUCUGGCUUGCCGUCGGAGACCUCGGUCGCUUACUCAGUGAUGAACGCGUUCCGAAAGUCAGUCGAGAGUCCCGGUCCAAUCACGGUUCGCGUCAACCGUUUGAAGACGUCCCGCAAAGAGCUUGCAGUCAAGGUCAUUCGACGCGGGAUGGACGUGUACGAGCUUGCCGACUGGAGCAAGACGGGGUUGCUGGUCAAAGCUUCUAAUGUGCCAGUUGGCGCGACACUUGAAUAUCUGACAGGACAUUACAUGCUGAUGUCGGCCUCUUCCUUCUUGCCAGUAUUAGCAUUAGCUCCGCGCGAGAACGAAGUCGUGCUGGACAUGGCUGCUGCGCCGGGAGGAAAGUCGGCGUUCUUGGCUGAGAUGAUGAAAAAUACAGGUGCGCUCGUAGCCAACGACUUGAAAAAGGAUCGACUGCCUGCGCUAGCGUCCAACUUGCACAGACUCGGCGUGCGCAAUGCGUUGGUGACAAACCUCGACGCGCGCACGUUUCCAAAGUAUUACAAGAGCUGCUUUGAUCGCGUGCUGCUCGACGCACCGUGUAGCGGUAUCGGCGUGUUGCGCAAGUCGCCUGAGGCAAAGCAAAAGCGCAAGCCGGAGGAUUUCCAGAAGCUUGCUGCGCUGCAGCGCGAACUCAUUUUGGCUGCGAUCGAUUUGCUGCACGCAGCGAAGGACAAAGGAUAUUUGGUGUACUCGACGUGUUCGCUUUCAGUAGAAGAGAAUGAGAUGAUCGUGCAGCACGCGCUCAAGCACCGCGCAGUCAAGCUUGUCGAGUUGCCGUUCACGUUCGGUACGCCCGGAUUCAAAGAAUACCAAGGAAAAAAGUUCCAUGAAUCGAUGGCUCUAUGCCGACGCAUAUACCCGCAUGUUAACAACAUGGACGGCUUUUUCGUUGCUAAGCUGAAAAAGCUUUCGGAUCAGAAAGCCAACGAGCACGAGCAUAUGCGAUUAAGUCGAACAAAUUAUCAGAACAGGAAUCUGGAAUGA